AUGGCAUUAUUUGGCAAAAAGAGUGAGGAGCCUGUCGUUUCCAAGGAAUCGCAGAAGCUAAUGAAAGAGCUUCAAGAUCAGAUUGCGCAAGAACUUGCUGUGGCUAACGCUACUGAGCUUGUCAGUAAAAUCUCUGAAAACUGCUUUGCCAAAUGCAUUCCAUCGCCUGGCCCUCAAAUGACUGCCGCUGAAGACAAUUGUAUCAAUCAAUGUCAAGAGAAGUACAUGAGAGCUUGGAAUGUGAUCUCUAAAGCUUAUAUCACCAGAAUCCAACAAUCCAAGUGA